AUGAUCCAUGGUUUCAAGCAUUGUAGGCCAGUUGUUAUGGUAGACGGUGCUCAUUUGAGUGGACCGUACCAAGGGACUUUUCUUUGUGCUAGCACUCUUGAUGGUGCAGGUAUGGCUAAUCAUGUUAUUACUUUUCUUUGUGCUAGCACUCUUGAUGGUGCAGGAUAUGAGAAGUGGUUAAGAGUUCAUGCUUCUAUAAAUAGAGGCCGGAUGAUGACAUCUAACAUUGCAGAAUGUAUAAAUGGUUGUAUAGUGGAGGCACGUAAAUUGCCGAUUUUAGAUUUUUUGGAAGAAGUCAGAAAAUUAUUUGAAGCAUGGAACUGUAAAAAUAGAGAAAUUGCUUCAAAUACAGAAACAACUUUAGGGAGAAGGUUUGAUGAAAUCCUCACAUCUAAUGGAGUUAAAGUAUCUAGAAUGAUGGUCAAGCCUACAUCAGAGUAUCAUUAUUCAUUUUAUAAAUCUAGAAUAAUAUACGUUGUGGACUUGGAUGUUAACCAGUGCAACUGUUGUAGAUUUCAGAUUGAUGAAAUUCCAUGUCCACACGCUAUUGCAGUAUUGAAGAGUAAACAUAUUACAAAGUUUCGUCCGUGGUGUUUUGAUUACUAUAAGCCUGCGACAUUAGUGAAGACAUAUGAAGUUCCAAUAGUACCUAUGCUAGAUAAGAAGGAUUGGCAUCUGCCUAAAUGUGUCGAAGAAGAAGAAGUCAUACCAUCCAAAUACAAAAGACCACUUGGUAGGCUGAAAAAGAGUAGGUGUAAGAAAACAAGUGAAAACUAUCAUCCCGUACAAACUAUUGUGGUAAAUGUGGUCGAGAAGGUCAUAAUAGACGUACUUGCAACUUCUUUCCAAAGGAGAAUUGAUGUUUUGGUUACCUGA